AUGACUUCCUACCACGCCUCCUCGCACACCCUCCGACUCACGCCCUCCAAGUCCCCCUUCUUCAAAUCCCCGAGCCCGCGAUCGCCGACCAAGCAGAGCAAACAAGAGGAGCCGGGGUUACAUUUACGAAAAGUCAUCGGGACGACGACAGCUUCUGCGAAUGGGUUUGACUGUUUAUCCGCUUCGAGGAAGUUUGCUUUCACGGCGGGAGCCGCUGCUGUGGUGGCUACUGUGGAUGAGGAGUUGAAUGUGACGCAGCAUUUCUUUCGGGGGAACCCGAGUUCUUAUACUGGAGGAGGAAGGGAAGGCAAUGGAGGCUGGCCGCUGUCGCCGACGCCUCAUGAUCCGAGAUUUCGAGGGGUGAAAGAGCAGGCUACGGGCGGCUCGCCUACGAGUAGGGAUUGGUCGGAUUCACCGGGACGGACAACUUCUGCGAAGGAUCGUGUCAAGGCUGCGACUUCUGUUGCGCUUAGUCCGAAUGGAAGGUGGCUGGCCGUGGGAGAGACUGGAUACAGGCCGAGGAUCUUGAUCUUUUCGGCAAGAGAUGGGUCUUCAGAGAGUCCUGUAUCAGUGCUGGCGGAGCAUACGUUUGGCGUGCAUGCGCUGAGCUUCAGUCCGGAUUCGAAAUCUUUGGCCUCGCUGGGGACGGUCAACGAUGGUUUUCUAUACGUCUGGACUAUCGACGAGCGAACUGGUGCUGCAAUACUAUCCGCAAGCAAUAAGUGUACCACCAUAAUCCACUCAAUGGCGUGGAUGGGUCGAAGCAUCGUCACAGCCGGACUUCGCUAUGUGAAAGUCUGGCGACCUGAAGAAGAUGUGGCCUUGGACAAAGUCAUCGACAGUCUACGAAACAGUACCAUAUCCACCCCUCGCAACAAGAACGAGCCGCGAACAUCGGACUUUGGGAACAGCAUUCUCAGUCCGAAGCAUCGUGCACUCGCAGGGAAGAAUAGCUUACUCGGCGACCUUCUCGAAGCAACCUUCACCUCCGUCAUACCGAUCUCUGAAUCGAAAGCCAUCAUCUGUACGGAAGCAGGCGAUGUUUGCUUGCUGGACGAUAGUGGCAGAACGCAGACGCUGUCCUUGGCAGCCAAUGCGGGAAUCCGAAUCUCAGCCGUUCGCAUCGACGACAACAGCAUGCUGCAUGCAGUUGGUCCCGAUGGCAGCGCUGUAUCGUUUCUCGUUCCGGAUCUCGAGAGACGUGCUGGUAGCCCUGGGAAACCUCGGCAACCUUCUGCUUCGAGCAUCAAACCAAGUCAACCUCAGGGUACGGUGAUAGUAGCCCUUGGUACAUUGGGAAAUGCUGUGGUGGAAAUUGACUCGGAUCGAGUUAUAAGGCUGUAUAACACGCAAGAUGGCGCAAGUACCGGUGCGGUACUAUCACAGCGGCAACUGACUGCACAUGAGGAUGCUGUACUUGGCGUUCGACCGAUUCGAUCGUCGACUCUCCAGGACGCUGCCUUCUUCACAUUUUCAGGACAUGGCACGAUCCACUUCUGGGACAGCGAAGGAGACUCUGUAAAUGACGGCCUGAGAAUUCCAGUCGUCAACUCGACGGAGAUGUACGGACUGCCAAAUGAGCUGAAGUCUGUCGAAGCUCUGGCUGAUGGGACGAUGCUUGCCUCCGGGGACAAGUAUGGCAGCUUGACUGUGGUCGAAAUUGCGACAGGUGCUGUUCUACAUCAAGUAAGAGCGCACUCCGCUGAAGUUCUGGAUCUGGUCUCGUUCGAGCGGGCUGGUGUUCAGUACCUGGCUUCCGCUAGUAGGGACAGGACUGUUCAGCUGUUCAUGUGCCGUGAUGGCAUAUUGGAGCUCAUUCAGACCAUGGACGAACAUGCUGGAGCCGUGACCGGACUGCUUUUGUCCCGCGAUGGCGAUCAGCUAUUAUCAUGUGCUGCGGAUCGUUCGAUCGUUGUUCGACAACGAUUUCUCCGAGACUCCCGCGACGGCAGCGCUUUGGCCUUUGGCAUGCUUCGAGCCAUCACGUUGAAAUCCUCGCCAACGAGCAUGUGCUUGACUACGCAGAGAGACACCAUUCUGGUCUCCACAGUGGACCGCUGCAUUGGGAAGUACAGCACCAAGAGCGGCCAAGCGGGAUUCAGUUUCAAGUGCUCUGACAACGAUGGCGGAGAAGCAGCGGUCAUGUCAAAGAUUUCCUACUCCCCGUCACUCAAUGGCAACCCCACGAUCGCUGGGGUGUCUAGUAGCGAUAAGUCUGUCCGCCUGUACUCGGAGUAUGGAACUCUCAUCGCUCGAGACUGGGGUCACACUGAGGGCAUCACAGACAUGGCCUUCGUCUCUGGUGGAGAUGGGGACGGCGAAAGACUGGAGCCGCCCAAGAUUGCUACAGUGGCUGCCGACUCCACGAUAUUCCUGUGGGACAGCCUCAUUGUCAGCAAUCGCUCAGGCGCAAACAGCGCCGACAGUGAAAACGUUCAAAACGGAAACCUCUCAACACCCUUGGGCCCGCCCCUGAGGAAGGUCAUUUCCCACACGGAAAUGUCGCGCUUUCGUCGUGACAAGUCGAUGGAUGAGCACGAUUCGCCGUCUCCACCUACGAACCCAGGACCAGCGCCGCCUUCUCCUCAGAAGAUUCGCAAGAAGACUUCGAGACUGUCUCUUGCGCAGACACCCCGUCUUGAGCCUGGCUUUCGCUCCAACUUUGAUCCGUCUAGGCGACGUAGCUUGAGACAGCGCUCACCUUCACCUCCAAGUCCGCGGAAUCCUGCCAAGAAAGAUACCAGCCGGCGGCAGACCUUGGGUAUGUCUCUACGCUCCAAGAGCAGCGAGAAUAUCUUGAAUACCGGAAGCAGCUCGACUGGCUUCGGGACACUCACCUCAUCGACCGAAUCGGUGUGUCGCACAUUACGUGCCUAUCGAAAGAAGCUAGGCAACACAGCGACAACCGACAGCAUCACCCCCGAAGCGCUGCGCGAGCUCGAAAAGGAGUUGAAACUCACUGCACGCGUAGUCGGCGAAAAAUCGCAAGGCAAGACGCUCGAUGAAGCAACCAUCGCCAAGCUGCUGGAUCAAGCCUCCGACAAGAUCGUGGGUCUUCUAGAUGAGAAGAUCAAAGCGCGAGUUGAAGGCGAGCUGAAACGAGGAGACAUAUCUACGUCGGCCGGCUCGACUCGUUUAGAGCCUCCUGCGGAGCUGGACGAGCACAGUUUUGAGCGCUCGGAGACGGCGCCUGGGGAGCUAGAAUCACGCCAGCCUGGGUCGUGA